AUGGGCCACGGCGGAAACAAUGUCAUCCCGAAUGUGCACUUCCGCAAGGUGAACGGCAUGAUGGGCCCAGGGCGAUGGAACAGGCACAUGAUGAAGACUUGGCUGGACCAGGCUGGGCGGAAGAAGCGCCGGGCCCUGAACCGCAAGAAGAAGGCCGCCAAGUUGUCCCCCCGGCCCGCAGCCGGGCUGUUGCGUCCCGUGGUCCACCCGCCUACUCAGCGGUACAACAUGAAGCUCAGGCUCGGCAAGGGCUUCACUUUAGAUGAGCUGCGCGAGGCCAAGAUCCCUGUGAAGAAAGCUAUGACCAUCGGUAUCGCGGUGGACCACCGCCGGCGCAACCGUUGCGCCGAGAGCCUCCAGGUCAACGUGGAUAGGCUCAAGCUUUACAUGUCCAAGCUGCUUGUCUUCCCCCGGAAGUCAGGCAAGAAGGGCGUCAAGAAGGGCGAUACACCCAAAUCGGAGCUGCAGAACGUCGCGCAGAACACCCUAAAGGAGAUCAUCCCUAUCCCGAAAUCCAACACCGAGAUCGAAGCUCGCGCCAUCACCGCCGCCGAGAAGGAAGCGUCCGCAUACAAGAAGCUCAAGAAAGCCCGCACGGACCUCAAGUACGACGGCGCCAAGCGCAAGAAGGCAAACGCUGGCAAGGAGGAGUAG